AUGGUACCAGCCAUUCAAGGAAAAGACUGCCUUGUUCAAAAGUUCCGCAACAGUUCUGUUAUGCUCGAACAUCCCUCAUUCCGUCCAAAGAUCUUUCACACUGGCACUGGCCCAAUGGCUGGCACCGAAGACCACUUCCCUGGCCCUGACAACCCAUCCAAGAUGCGCCGCAGUGUUGAAAAUGCCGAGCAUGUCGGUAUGCAUAUCAUUGCCCAUCGUUAUAUUCAUGCAGUAUCUGACUCUCCUUACAGGCUUGUUCGCUCCCAGAUCGCCAUCAUCACCAUCUCUCUGGAUAAUUCUUCCUCAUACUUACCCAUCUUUCAUGCCAUCAUGAAUUUGAACUUCUCCGGUUCAACUAACAUGAUACACAUCGUCGAUCUCGAUGUUUUUUUUUUUUGUUCUUUGCCUCUUCUCCUUAUCUUCAAUUAUCUUUCAGGCAAUCUUUCCACUCUUUUAGCAUUUUUUUCUUCUUCGUUACAUGUAUUAUCUUUUCCAUUUUUCCAUCUUUCCUUCUACUUCCCUGCUUUCUGUCUUUUGCCUUACAUACCCCAUAUACCCCGAAAACACAGGUCAAAUCAGGCUAGCACGGAGCUUGGGCAGACCCGUCCAUAUCCACAGGAGCAUCCCCGUCAAACACUGGUUCAACAUAUUUAUCUGCCUGGCUUCGCCUUUGCAGAUUUGGGUAUCAAGGCUAUUGCCGCCCUGUUCAACUACCAGGUUUCUUUGACUCCAAUCUUGCCUUUUUUGUUCUUCCUACUCCUGAGUCUUGCAUUGCCUUGA